AGUAUUAUUCUCUUUUCAAACAUCUUUCUUCUCAUUCAUAUGAAUAGUUUAUAUAAAAUAUAUUUACGAUACCAAGCUCUCAAAAGUGCCCUCAAAUCUACUAAGCUAUAUCUUAGAUAUGCCUAAUUUAAAGAAGAAUUAGAAGACUAAAAACUUAAUAGAAUCUGUGUAGGACAAGAUCGCAUGGGUAAUAAGUUUUAUCAAUAUUAUUCUUAUUAUGGUUUACCUACUAGAAGAGAAGUAAUAUACAAUCCUAUAAUACCUUUAGAUUCGUUUUAAAGAUGAUAAGGAGAGAAUAGUUAAUGAUUUAGCAUAUUAUGAUUGGCUUUAUAAAAGAAUAGAAUAACCACCUACUGAAGAAUAAGUUGAAUUAUUGUAACUAAUAUUAUCUAAUAUUUAGUUAUAAACAAGAAUAAUUACGCUUUUAAAAAGCUAGAGAAUGGGAUGAAUAAUAAGAAAAAAUGAUGUUGGCAUUUUAUGAAUAAAGAAAAUUAAGAGAGGAAUAAUAUAAGAAAGCAUUUAUUGAAUAAAAAAACAUUAAUACAAAUUCUGAAGUAUAUGCUGAAAUAGUCAAUAAUUCUGAAGAUAAAUAACAGUCUCAAAAAGACUAAUGGCAACCAAAAUCAAAGCGUUGA